AUGGCUACGCUACGCGUCGCGUCCUCCGCAACUGCAGUCGGAGUAUCACCGUGUGCGGUUUCCGCGACCAAGCAGCAGCACGCUCAAAUCUCCUUCCUAAGCACGGUGAAAACUGCUCCGCUAAGUGCAGCUUCUUAUCGAAGUGCAAAAACCAUUCUUUCGCCAGCAUUGCGACCCACAGCAGCCUUCUCAGAUAAUUCUUCUUCCACCUCGCCGCAUCGCCGUUCCCUCUUACGCUCGGAAGCAGCGAUCGAGAAUCGCGAAGCUUCGUUGAGCAAGCGAUCAGCGGUCGUGAGGCGGAGCGGCGAUGGCGAAACGGCGGACGCGGCAGAAGGCGACGCGAAGAGCCAGCUGAUUAAAACGAUUCAGCUGGGAUCGCUGUUCGGGCUGUGGUACCUCUUUAACAUCUACUUCAACAUUUACAACAAGCAGGUGCUCAAGGUGUUCCCGUACCCGCUCACCAUCACGACGGUGCAAUUCGCCAUCGGCGCCAUCGUGGUGCUACUGUCGUGGGCCACCAACAUCGUCAAGCGUCCUACGAUUUCCAAGGCACAGCUCCUCGCCAUCCUCCCUCUAGCUCUCGUGCACACCAUGGGCAACGCCUUCACCAACGUCAGCCUGGGCAAGGUGGCCGUGUCGUUCACUCACACCAUCAAGGCGCUCGAGCCCUUCUUCUCCGUCACGCUCUCCGCGCUGCUGCUGGGCGAGCAACCCACGCUGCCUGUGAUUCUCGCGCUCAUGCCAAUCGUGGGAGGAGUGGCGCUCGCCUCGGCCACCGAAGCUUCCUUCAACUGGGCGGGUUUCCUGUCAGCAAUGGCGUCUAACCUCACCUUCCAGUCGCGCAACGUGCUCAGCAAGAAGCUCAUGAUCAAGAAAGACGCGUCACUGGACAACAUAAACCUCUUCUCCAUCAUCACCAUCCUCUCCUUCUUCCUGCUGCUGCCCGUCGCGCUGCUCACAGAGGGCGUCAAGUUCAGCCCCAAGCUGCUGCAGGCGCAGGGAGUGGAUGUGCAGAGGCUGAUCAUCCGAUCCACGCUCGCUGCUCUCUGCUUCCACGCUUACCAGCAGGUUUCUUACAUGAUUCUGCAGCGUGUAUCCCCAGUCACCCACUCAGUCGGCAACUGCGUUAAGAGGGUUAUCGUUAUAGUCACUUCUGUGCUUUUCUUCCGAACACCCGUCUCCCCGAUCAACGCUGUCGGCACUGCGAUUGCGCUGGGUGGUGUGUUUGCGUAUUCUCGUGCCAAGUCCUCCAAGCCCAAGAACCUGUGUUCACCGAAGGGGCUACUCCUUUCCGCCAUGGCUUCCAACUCCGUGUUUGCUGCUGUGCUCCUCCUCGCUCUCUCCCUACCCUUCGUCCUUGCUGGAAACGCGGCUGGCGCGGAGCAAUCGUCUCAGUCCAACUAUCAGUACGACGCCAACGGCAACAUUAUCCUGUCUCCCGCGGGGACCAACAACCAGAACGGCAACGGGGAGGGCACAUCCGCGGCCGUGAUCGACUGGUACAACGACCAGGAGUACCCGACCUGCCCGCUUAAAGCCUGCCCGGAAUUUAAGCACUAUUGCUCGGGCGGCAUGUGCAACGACACGGCCGGGAUCCUUGGCCGCUGGAGGCUCCCCGAGCAGUCCGAGGGCGUGUGCCCGCCGGGGCGCGCCCUCCCGAAGCCCAACAACGAGUGGUGCAUGGAGGAGCUCACGCCGUCGCAGUGCUGCAAGGCGUGCUCUGAGAGCAAGGAGCCGUGCGCCAUGUGGCAGCACUACAUUGGACCGACCUCCCCCAGAUCUACCUCCCCCUCCACUGAAAACGCUUCCGUUCGGCCACAGUCUCCUCCCGCUCCCCCCGCCCCGCCCGCCUUCCCCCUAUUCUCCGCCCCCUUGCCCGUGGUGCUCCCCCCGCCGCCCUCCCUCCCGCACCUGAUUCCCAGGCAGCAGCAGCGCCUGGCGCUCUAUCUCGACCUGCUUUUGGACUGGAAUCAGCGCAUGAACCUGACAGCGGUCACUAGUCGCGCAGAGGCCGAGCAGCGCCAUAUAGCCGACUCGCUCUCGCUCAUCCCUGUCAUUCUGGCCAUCACCGCACCACCGCUCCCAACCGCGCCACUUGCUGCCGUACCUUCCCCUGCUGCGCCACGUGGCGCGCUGCGAUUGGUGGAUGUGGGCACGGGAGCGGGGCUGCCAGGUGUCGUGCUGGCAGUGGCCCAGCCCACGUGGCAAGUCACUCUUGUUGAGUCUCUAAACAAGAGAUGCGACUUCCUGUCGCAUGUGGUGCGGGAGCUGGGCCUGCGGAACGUGCAAGUGGUGUGCGGCAGGGCAGAGGUGAAUCUCUCCCCCACACCCCCUCCUUCCCCCUCCCCGUUCUCCGCCCUUCCCUCUGUGCUGCUGCAGGAGGUGGGGAGGGACCCGGACCAUAGGGAGGCCUACGACCUGGCUGUAGCGCGGGCUGUAGCGGAGAUGAGAGUGCUCAGUGAGUCAACAACUGUUGUAGCGUGUCCUGUAGCACGGGCUGUAGCACUGGUUGUAGCGUGGGAGGUGGGGAGGGACCCGGACCACAGGGAGGCCUACGACCUGGCUGUAGCGCGGGCUGUAGCGGAGAUGAGAGUGCUCAGUGAGUCAACAACUGUUGAAGCGUGUCCUGUAGCACGGGCUGUAGCACUGGUUGUAGCAUGGGAGGUGGGGAGGGACCCGGACCACAGGGAGGCCUACGACCUGGCUGUAGCGCGGGCUGUAGCGGAGAUGAGAGUGCUCAGUGAGUCAACAACUGUUGAAGCGUGUCCUGUAGCACGGGCUGUAGCACUGGUUGUAGCAUGGGAGGUGGGGAGGGACCCGGACCACAGGGAGGCCUACGACCUGGCUGUAGCGCGGGCUGUAGCAGAGAUGAGAGUGCUCAAUGAGCUCUGUUUGCCCCUGAUUCGAGUGGGAGGUGCCUUCAUAGCCGCCAAGGGACCCAACCCUCAGGGGGAGGUGGCAGCAGCAUCUAACUCUGCUUCUCUGCUCGGUGCUCAACUUGCGCAAAUCUACGAGGGUGGGUGCAUACUACUUACCACAUUCUGA